CGGCGGCUGGAAACCCCGCGUGAGCCGCACCGCGCGCCGCCCGUCCGGCGGCCGGCUCGUCAUUCCUGUGACGAGCCCCGCCGCCGCUGCCGCUGCCGCUGCGCGUCCCACAGCCGCCACUACCUGUCCUCGGCAUGGGUUGGCACCGUGGUGACUGUUGCCGACCGGCGAUGCUGUCGUCACUGCUGCUUCUUUGGUGCGCUGUCGCUCUAGGUCAAGAUAUCGUGUUCCAGCAGCCGACGGCGUUCGGCAGCCGGCCCGUGUUCAGCGACCCGACGGUGGACGCCGCGCUCCAGCUGCCGCUCGAUGUGGGCGGCAGUGGGGCCGAGCUGCUCCGCUUCGGAGGCAGCUUCGACUGCCGCACGCCUGACGGCCAGCUGGGUCGCUGCGGCCCGCUCCUCAGCUGCGACCAUAUGCGCAAGGCUCUGCUGCCACUGACCACAGCCCGGCUGCGGUUUCUCAAGAAGUCCAUCUGCCGUUUUGUGGGCGGUCGGCCGCUGAUCUGUUGCCCGGAGAGGCCGCCUCAGCUGACACCGACCACCUCCGCGCCGCUGUUCUUCGAGGUCUCGAGACGGCCGCCAGAACCGACACCAUCACCACCCACACCACCGCCGCCAUCGCCAUCAGCAUCCGCAGGCCUCAGCCCUGUAUCGAGUACCGAGGUCGCAUCGCCUCCUGCAGCACAAGGGACAACAGUGCCAGAGGCGCCGGAUGUCGAGAUGGCUAAAUCCGAAGUGACUGGAGUAGAGACGGCGCCUGUUGCCUCGACUCCUGAGGCGUCUAGUGUCGAGACGACGCCAGAGGUGUCUGUUGUCGAGACGACGACACCCGAUGUCGCUAGUGCUGAGACAUCAGAGGUGACUGGAGUCGAGACAACGGCAGAAGAAACUAAAGCAGAGAUGACAGCGCCAGAGACGACUAGUGUUGAACCGGCACCAGAAGUGCCCAGUGAGGAGACGAUACCAGAAGUGACUGUUGUCGAGACGAUAACAGAAGCGAGUGAGGCUGUUGUUGAAACAGCGCCAGAGGCGUCUAGUGUGGAGACAACACCAGAGGCGACUGGUGUCGAUACGGCGGCGACACCGGAGGCUGUGCCGACCGACGGACCAUCAACCAUUCCGCCCCCGGGCCUGGACGUCUGUGGCCACAAGCUGGUGGAACGCAUCACAGGUGGCCAGGAGUCGCAGCCCAACUCGUGGCCGUGGCUGGCGGCGCUCGGCUACCAGCUGGAGCGGAGGAAGAUCGACUUUCUGUGCGGCGGUGUGCUCAUCACCGAGUGGCACAUCCUCACCGCCGCCCACUGCGUCAAGGAGCAGCUGAAGGUGAUUCGUCUGGGCGACCAUGACCUCUUCAACGACACGGAGGUGGACACGGUCACGGAGCACGGCAUCGCCGAGAUGAUGCCUCACGAGGAGUACAACAACCGCACCCUGUUCAACGACAUCGCCAUCGUCAAACUGCGCACCAAGGUCGACAUCACUGGAACCGUUCAUCCGAUUUGUCUUCCGCUUUUACCGGAGAUGCGAAAUCUCGAGUUGGUCAGACAGAUUACCUUCAUUGCUGGAUGGGGCACCACAUCAUUCAAGGGUGAGGCGAGCCCCGUGCUGCGGGAGGCGCGGGUGCGCGUCCACCGUCAGCAGCUCUGCAAACAGCGCUACCGGGCGCUGCGCCACCGGCUGGCCGACUCGCAGAUCUGCGCAUCGGCACGAGAGGGCGGAGAGAACCAGGAUACGUGCCAGGGUGACAGCGGCGGCCCGAUGAUGAUGCCCGGCGUCCUCACGCCCAACUGGUACGUCAUGGGCGUUGUGUCGUUCGGGUUCCGCUGCGGCGAGCCGCGCUUCCCGGGCGUCUACACACGCGUCACAGACUACCUGGACUGGAUCGUGGACCACCUGAGCGGAGCAGCAGCUCUGAUGCAGCUGCUGUGCGCGGCAGUGCUCGCGCUGCUCGUCUUCAGUCCGUCAGUCACGUGUCAAGGCUUCUAUUUCCCUGAUGAGGAGGUAACACCUGCGUCGCCACGGCCGUCGCCCACCAGCAUUGUGGAGAAGGAGCCGGCGGGCGUGCCGCUGUCGUCGGAGGGCGCUCCGCCGGAGCCCGGCGCUGUGAACGAGUCGUCGCCGACAGACGGAGUGGCCGUGGGCCCGCGCCGUAUCAGCGGCGUGAGGCAGCGGCCGCGCAUCACCGUCCUGCCGCCGGUGACGCCGGAGCGGCAGCAGCACCACGUCAUCGCGCCAUCAGAGAAAGACGAGGACGACAUCAUGGGCGGCUUCUACUUCCCCGAGGACGAGAUUGAGGACGGCGAGCAGUACGGCGAGGACGAGCUGGAGCUCACCGGCCGCAGCUCCGACAACUUCCGGUGCCUGUUCCCGCCGCGGAAACUCGCCGGCACCUGUGUCAUAAUGAACCACUGCCCGCCGCUGAAACGGCUGACCAGCCGACUCACACGCAGAGUGCUGUACCUACUCAACUCCAUCAAAUGCAGGAAUGUCAACUCGAACAUACCGAUGUAUUGCUGUCCGAAUAACCUCAUACGGAGACCAGUCCGACCUGCUGUUGUAGAAGAAAGUACGACGGUUUCCAGCACCACUACUACCACAACCACGACAACUACAACAGAGCGUACUACACCGAGUACUUCACCAUCGACCGUCCCACCCCCGCCACCCACCAUCCCACCGUCACCGUCGACCGCCCCACCCCCACCGUCAACCGCCCCACCCCCACCGUCCACCGCCCCACCCACACCGUCCACCGCACCGGCCGCCAAACCCUUCGCUGCCAAACCCACCCCAGUCGCCACGGCGCCCACCCCCACGACACCCGACACCACCCCUGCGCCCGUCGCGACGGAACCCCCCACCGAGCCAUCGACGGAGCCCGCCCCUACCCAGUCCAGCAGCAAACGUCCGUCGAGGACCAAGAAGGACUUCACCUCGGAGGGCGAUCCCGACUCUGACUACUCCGACUCGGACUCGGACGCAGAGGAGGUCGGCCAGGAGGCGGAGACGACCGCGUCCACUGACGCUGCGGUGGACGGUGGUACGUCCCCGGCCGGUGACACGGACAUUGUGCCGACCACCGAGGAGCCAGCGCAGGCGACCGGCUACAUCCUGCCGCGGCCGCCCCGCUGCGGCUACCGCAACGUCACCGGCGUCCGCAUUGUCGGCGGCGUGGAGUCGGAAGUCGCCGAGUGGCCGUGGAUGGCCGCCCUGGGCUACGACUCGCAUGACGGCGACAUCAACUUCCACUGCGGCGGCGCGCUCAUCACCAACAAGCACGUGCUGACGGCGGCCCACUGCGUCCAGGGCAAGGAGGACAGCCUAAACUGGGCCCGUAUCGGCGACCACGAUCUGACCAACGACACAGACGUCGACACGGCCAUCAACUACGGCAUCAAGGAGCACCGGAUCCACGAGGAGUACAACAACCGCACGUUCGCCAACGACAUCGCCAUCCUGGUGCUGCGAGAGCCAGUGGAGUUCAACUAUGCAAGGCAUACAGUUUGUCUGCCGUUUGAAGACGAAGUCAGGACCAUGGUGUUUGACGCUAAGAAGCCCUUCAUUGCCGGAUGGGGCGCUACCAGCUACAGGGGCUCCGCUAGCGCCAAACUGCUGCACACCCAGGUGCGUGUUAUGAGGAAAAAGGCCUGCUCACGGCGCUACACGCGCUUCAGGCAGAUCACCAUUACCGACAAGGUGCUCUGCGCCAGGAGCCCCGGGAAAGACUCGUGCCAGGGCGACAGCGGCGGUCCGAUGAUGUUCCCGUCGCCGUCGGGACCGUACUUCUACACGAUCGGUGUGGUGUCGUUCGGGUACAAAUGUGCCGACGCCAGAGUGCCCGGAGUGUACACAAGAGUCAGCGAAUACCUCGACUGGAUCACCAGCCAUCUGCACGACACCGACUGAAGAGCGCCGCGGCUCGGCUUCCCCAAGAUUCGGUCUCCGCUCGAAACUCGCCGUGUUGCUUCAACCCUCGCCACAAGUGUGAGGUUGCCUUCGUCGAGAAAGGUCUGUUUUGGACGCUGAUUUGUGAUUUCGAGUGUGAUUUGUGUCGUGAUCGGCGAUGUGCCUUGAGAUGUGUUCACUUAAAGCGACACGAUGGGUUAGGCUUCGUUCGUCCGUGCCUAACAUGUGGUAUGUCGUGUUCAUGUCAGAGACUUUGCAAAUUUUGUUAUGGGAUGCAUCAUCCGGGGAAAAACUGAAUAUGAACUAUGAUAUUGUUUCGUGGAGCGGAAAUACACGAAAAGAAAAGCCGAAACA